AUGGCGGUUCGGGGGCCCGCGCCCGGGGCUGGCGCCAGGCCCAGAUUAGAUGUGCGGUUUCUCCAGCGGUUCCUGCAGAUACAAAAGGUUUUGUUUCCCUCUUGCUCAUCACAGAAUGCCUUGAUGUUCCUGACCCUUUUGGGCGUGGCCCUCCUGGAACAACUGGUCAUCUACCAGGUUGGCUUGAUCCCCAGUCAAUACUACGGGGUCCUGGGAAACAAAGACUUGGAUGGGUUUAAGACCCUGACAUUCCUGGCUGUGGUGCUCAUCGUUCUCAACGCCAUGCUGAAGAGCUUUGACCAGUUCACCUGCAACCUGCUGUACGUGAGCUGGAGGAAGGACCUCACCGAGCAUCUCCACCGCCUCUACUUCCGCGGCCGCGUGUACUACACCCUCAACGUGCUGCGGGAUGACGUCGACAACCCGGACCAGCGCAUCAGCCAGGACGUGGAGCGGUUCUGCCGGCAGCUCAGCAGCAUGGCCAGCCAGCUGAUCAUCUCCCCCUUCACCCUGGGCUAUUACACCUACCAGUGCUUCCAGAGCACAGGCUGGCUCGGGCCCGUGAGCAUCUUCGGGUAUUUCAUCCUGGCAACCGCGGUGAACAAGAUGCUGAUGGGGCCCAUUGUGGCGAAGCUGGUGCAGCAGGAGAAGCUGGAGGGGGAUUUCAGGUUCAAGCACAUGCAGAUCCGUGUGAACGCUGAGCCUGCUGCUUUCUUCAGAGCUGGGCAUGUGGAGCACAUGAGGACGGACCGCAGGCUGCAGAGACUCCUUCAGACCCAGCGGGAGCUGAUGUCCAAGGAGCUCUGGCUGUACAUCGGUAUCAACACGUUUGACUAUCUGGGCAGCAUCCUGAGUUACGUUGUGAUCGCAAUCCCCAUUUUCAGUGGUGUCUAUGGAGACCUUAGCCCCACAGAGCUCAGCACCCUGGUCAGCAAGAACGCCUUCGUGUGCAUUUAUCUCAUCAGCUGCUUCACCCGACUCAUCGACCUCUCCACCACGCUCUCGGAUGUGGCUGGCUACACACACAGGAUCGGGGAGCUCCAGGAGACGCUGCUGGCCAUGUCCCUGAAGUCCCAGGACGGCGAGCUCCUGGACGAGAGCGAGUGGGACUCCCACGGGGCCCCGGCAUGGCCAGCAGCAGAGCCAGCGGACACAGCUUUUCUCCUCGAUCGGGUCUGCAUCUCCGCGCCCUCCUCUAACAAGCCCUUGAUCAAGGACCUGAGCCUAAAGGUCUCCGAGGGGCAGAGCCUGCUCAUCACCGGCAACACGGGCACCGGCAAGACCUCCCUGCUCCGCGUGCUGGGCGGCCUCUGGGCGAGCACACGGGGCUCAAUGCAGAUGCUGGUGGACUUCGGACCCCAUGGGGUGCUGUUCCUGCCACAAAAGCCGUUCUUCACCGACGGCACCCUUCGGGAGCAGGUGAUAUACCCCCUGAAGGAGAUCUACCCGGACUCAGGUUCUACCGAUGACGAGAGGAUCAUGAGGUUCUUGGAGUUGGCAGGCCUGUCCAACUUGGUGGCACGGACAGAGGGGCUGGACCACCAGGUCGAUUGGAACUGGUAUGACGUUCUGUCCCCCGGAGAGAUGCAGAGGCUGUCUUUUGCCCGGCUCUUCUAUCUGCAGCCGAAGUACGCAGUGCUUGAUGAAGCCACCAGUGCCCUGACUGAGGAGGCGGAGAGCGAACUCUACCGCAUCGGCCAGCAGCUAGGCAUCACGUUUAUCAGCGUGGGACAUCGGCGCAGCCUCGAGAAGUUUCACUCCUUGAUUCUGAAACUCUGCGGAGAAGGAAGGUGGGAACUGACCAGAAUCAAAGAGGAAUGA